AUGUGGCUUGCCUUGGACAGACGCAUUGUCAGCAUUCUUGGUUAUGAUCAAAAUGAAGACGUUAUCUAUGGCGUGGCCAGGAACAGAAGAUCAUACUUACGAUGUAACGUUACCAAGUGUGCUGCUAUCCCAAGUGAAGUCUGGUUAAGGUUGAGGGAUUUGUCAACCACAAUCUUAUCCACAGAGAUUGCUUUUGUUCCGGAGACAGGCCAUGAUUUUACUGAUACUCCAAUUUCUGGAUACAAACUGGUUGAUAACGACGGCAAUAAAUGGGGAGCUUCAGCAGUGGGUAUUCAUUUCUUCAAAGGGGAACAGCAAACAUGGAAAUUGAUGGCCCAUUGGCGGGCUAGGGAUCUAAACAAAUGUUACAGUGGACCUUGUGAUAAUGGCGGUUCUUGUGUUGGGAAUAAAAAUGAAUACACUUGCAUCUGCCUCAGCGAUUGGGCAGGAAAGAACUGUGAAACCAAGUUUGUUGUCCCUCAAGUUGAGGUGACGAAGUCCACCUGCAAUUCAACCACGAACAAAGUGGAAACGGGAACAAUCAACACUCCAGAAUAUCCCAAGGACUAUGGCAGUAAUAGUCGUUGUGAAUGGCUUAUUACCUCAUCACAUCGGAUUAAACUGGUUUUUAAUUACUUUUUCGUGGAGAAUGGUUGGGAUUAUUUCCAUGUUUACGAGGGAAAAUCUACCAGUUCCAAACGGAUUGGCAAGCUUACUGGAGGUCAUACUAACAAAGUCAUCAAAAGUUCUGGAAAUUACCUUUAUCUAAAGUUCACCUCCGAUUCAGUAAUCAACAAAAAAGGAUUCUUGAUAGCUUAUGAAGCAACAACACUUGUUGUUAACAAUCAAAUCCAAUCAUCAGUUAAAAGCGGAGGUAUUUUCUAUUUUGGGCUUGGUUCAGAAUUUCCUUGCAUUUACAAAUUCCCGACUAGUAAAGUUCUCAUUUCCAUCAAAGUUCCUUACGGUGGAAUGGACUCGGAAGAACAACACUAUUUAAAGCUUGAGCCUGAGUAUUUAAUGCCAUCCUUGGUAACAGAAACUGGACGAAAAUGA